GGAAAGUGAUCGCGACGUGCGCGGUGAAACGUGAGAGCCAGCGCAAGAGCACAAGAGGAAGGCGUGCAUCGACGGACAUCCGAGCAAGCCCGAUUCGCCGCAUCCUGAGCCUCCUCGGUACAACCUGCCCGUCGAACCAGAGGCACGUUGAUGACCGGUCCUUCCAAGUUCCUUCUCCCAAGAAACCCCUGCGACGGGACACCCAGAACACUCCGGGCGAGAGAAACUACCAUCAACAUGAUGUCCAGCAAGACCAUCCUCGUGGCCUUAGUCGUCCUCGCAGCUCUGUGCAGCCUGGCGGUUGCUCAGUAUGGCCGAGGAUUCGGAGGGGGCCGUGGCUACGGAGGUGGACGUGGCUUCGGUGGAGGCUACGGAGGCAACCGUGGCUUCGGAGGAGGCUACGGAGGAGGACGUGGAUUCGGAGGUGGCUACGGAGGAGGCCGUGGCUUCUACGGCUGAUGCGAACUCCCAAUGUUAAAUAGAAUGUGAAUAUGUAAAAUCUGCAUUGUACAUGACAUGACAGAAUCGCCAAUACACUCAACUGCUUUGUCAAGUAAUAAAAUAUCUUCCAAAAUCUU